AUGAGCAAGAUCGGUAGGACGCCUGGCCGGCUCAACAAGACGAAAUAUGCUUUGCGUCCAGACCUGGUGUCCAAAAGAGACACCGAGCUCGAACUGGUACCCGCUCUCCACGCCGCAGCUACCGCUACUGUUUGGGCGCAAGGUGGUCCCUGA